AUGUCUGCUUCGCUGAUAGAGAGCAGUCAGAUGAUGGUCAGAGCGCGGGGUGACCCUCGCAGGAGACAAUUUGACAUGGGUGGUCCUGGUCAGGGGUCGUCCAAGAGAGGCAGUUAUAGCUUGGGGUCAUCUAGUGGCCGUAGUUAUGGAGGUUUCGGACUCGGAGCCAGUUCUAGCGGAGGUUCCAAUCAGAGUGGUAGUUCUGGGAGCCACUCCAGGGGCAGUUCAACCAGAGGUACUGGCAGGAAGAAUUGUACUCAGUGUGCUUAG